AUGGUCAGAGCGAUGAAGCGCAAAGACCUACUGACCGCCGGUGAGCAUCUGGUGCCGGACUCUGUCGGCCGCAUAAAGCGCAGGAAUUCGGAUGAACGAAUGAGCGCCUCCGCGCCUCCCAGCGAGAACGACGACCGAGAUGCACUUGUAUACAUACACCACGUUCGCCCGCAGGACACGCUGGCGGGACUGAGCAUCAAAUACAACUGCGAGCAAGCUGUGCUACGGAAGGCCAAUCGCAUGUGGCCGAACGAUAGUGUACAGAUUAAGAAGCAAGUCGUGCUGCCAGUAGACGCGUGUGGCGUAAAAGGGAAACGAGUCCAAGGCCCAGAUGCCCUCCCUGCCGAAGAUCUAUUACUGGGAGAGUACGGCGAAGAUUCGAAUAGCAAGGCUCCUCUCUCAGAUACUCAAGGUCUCCCUAACGGUUGGACCACGCCAAAGAAGAAGGACCAAGAGAACGACUCCGUCCCCUCAUCUGACCCAGAGACACCAUGGACGCAUGAUUCAUGGGUUCUUCUGCCUAAUGACAAACAGCCCACACAGAUUGGCCGCAUGCCACGAAGAGCGCUCGGCUUCUUCCCACCCGCUCGACGAAAGUCUCUCGCUUACUCCGAUGCAUCUACCCCCCGAGCUUCUGUCGACCUUCCACGCUCGUCCACCUCCACAAAUCCGCUCACUAGCUCACCUUCGCAAUCCGUUCGACCGCGCGCGUCAAGCAACCUGUCAUCCGCCUCGGCCCACAGUCGUCAAAGAAGUACAUCAGGCAAAGCAUGGGGUCUGCAAGGACCAGGGGGUGUCGGUACAAUGGGCAGGAAUGUGCGAAGCCCUGGGCCAGCGCAGGAUGGUCUGAACAAGAAGUUUGCUCAGUACCUGCCCAAUAUGGCUCCUCCACCCGGACAGGAAUACUUCACACCGUGGGCGCCGGGUUUGUUGGACGCAGGUGCAGGAACAUCAAGUCAGUAUGGCGGAUCCGGUGCUGUCACUCCGCUCAGUGGCAGCGGCUUAGAUUUCCAAGAGCUUGGGGGUGCUAUAGAAGGAUGGGUAAGGAAGGUCGGUACACAAGCACAGAAGCUUUUAAAUGAGCCGGGUACACCUGGACAGGGGAAACGCAGUGCCGUACCUGUCCUGGGAGCUGUCGGCGGUGACCUGGGCGACCUCAUAGAACUCCAAGAUGAUGCCUUUGAGAUUGGAGAUGACGAAAGGGACAGGGGCAGAUCAAGGGCAGAGGAGACGCUUGCAUCGACGAAUGAGCGCUCAGUAUCGAGACCAGCACAGCAGUAUCAGUCAGCACGACCAGACAUCAAUCUCGUUCUGAGAGAUAGGACGCGGAAAGGGGAAGGCAGCAAGAAGGAUUAG